AUGUUAUUCUGUUGGCGCCGCCAUAUUUGCGUCUUUCAGUUCGCAGAGACAUUAAACACAUCUUUCUAUCUAUCUAUCUAUCUAUCUAUCUAUCUAUCUAUCUAUCUAUCUAUCGUUUUCCCACUGAAACCAAGUAGUGUCUCUUCCUCUCUUUCCACACGAUCAAAAUGGAAUAGAACAUUAUUUCUAAAGUAUUGGCAAGACAUUAAACACAUCUAUCUAUUUCUAUCUAUCUAUCUAUCUAUCUAUCUAUCUAUCUAUCUAUCUGUCUUUCUCUUUCCACACGAUCAAAAUCAUUAUUUCUAUCUCAUUAAACACUUCUUUCUAUCUAUGUGUCUGUCUGUCUGUCUAUCUAUCUAUGUUCUUUCUUUCUAUUUUUCUCUUUCUGAUUCUCUAUUAUUGGCAGGAGACGUUAAACACUUCUAUCUAUCUAUCUAUCUAUCUAUCUAUCUAUCUAUCUAUCUAUCUAUCGUUUUCCCACUGAAACCAAGAGACGUUAAACACAUCUAUCUAUCUAUCUAUCUAUCUAUCUAUCUAUCUAUCUAUCUAUCUAUCUAUCUUUGUUCAUCUCUAUCUAUCUAUCUAUAUAUCUAUCUAUAUAUCUAUCCAACUUUGUUCAUAUCUAUCUAUCUAUCUAAGUUUGUUCAUAUCUAUCUAUCUAUCUAUCUAUCUAUCUAUCUAUCUAUCUAUCUAUCUAUCCAAGUUUGUUCAUAUCUAUCUAUCUAUCUAUCUAUCUAUCUAUCUAUCUAUCUAUCUAUCCCAGUCUGUAUCUAUCUAUCUAUCUAUCUAUCUAUCUUUCUAUCUAUCCCAGUCUGUAUCUAUCUAUCUAUCUAUCUAUCUAUCUAUCUUUCUAUCUAUCUAUCUAUCUAUCUAUGUUCAUAUCUAUCUAUUUUUCCAUCUAACUUAGUCUAUUCAUAUCUAUCUAUCUAUCUAUCUAUUCUAUCUAUCUAUCUAUCUAUCUAUCUAUCUAUCUAUCUAUCUCAGUUUGUUCGUAUUCUAUCUAUCUAUCUAUCUAUCUAUCUAUCUAUCUAUCUAUCUAUCUAUCUAUCUCAGUUUGUUCUAUCUAUCUAUCUAUCUAUCUAUCUAUUUAUCUAUCUAUCUAUCUAUCUAUCUAUCUAUCUAUCUAUCUAUCUACCCGUUUUUUUGCUGACCAUUUUUCCUCUUCUCCAAUUCAUAGUCACGCCAUCGAUUCUGAAUUCAUGGAAUUAA